AUGUCUGCUACUUUCAACAUCGCAGUAAAUUAUCAGCUCUUAAGUAAUUUUCGAUCGCUGAUAUCUGUUAUUGAGCAAGAAGUCCCAGGGAAAGGUGAGCGGUUGUGCCCCGCGGUUACAUACGCGAAAAUGUCCUGUUACGAUCGAGGUUUCCGUCUUAAUGACGCGGUGUCUGAGUGCUCGAUGAGAAGCAAAGCCCGGAUAGAUUCGUUAUUUGAAGACACUAGGUCAAUAUGUAGUUCGAGCUAUGGGGAUUUGUAUGGAAGUAUUUAUGGACAGACUGGAAAUCUCGAGGAUGUUAAUCUCGACGCGCAGAAAAAAAUAAACGGCGCUGUCCAGGCACGGAUUGAGGCCAUGUUUGCAUCCGUCGAGGCUGAAGCUGGUGAAAAGGGUGAAUGUGCUGCUGCUAUCUUGCCGGUCAAAUAUUUAGGCGCCGCGCCGGUGGGUGGUCGGAUUGCCAGCGUGCGAGGGCUUCAGGAACCACUGAGACAAUUAUUAGAACGCAUGGAUACGAUUGUGUCCGCAGAGCUGGAGGUAUCAAGACGCGGGCUGACAUUCCGGACAUCUGGAUCCAUUGAGAAAACGAAUCCGUUUCGAAGAAUUGCGGUAUGGAGUGCACUGAGAUUGCGUGUAAGACGAUUGGCAUCACCGACACUAGUGGCUGGAGAUGUAGGAGUAGCAACGCCCGAUGAGUAUCAUCACGCAUUUAUUCCACUAAUUGGCGAUGAUCAAGUACCAGGUAGUGAAGAUAAGCACGCGGACUUGUAUCGUACGAUGCGAGGCCUGGCAACAGAUGUAAGCCGUUAUCCACCGCUUUUUGCCGUUGUAAUGAGACGUCCCGGAGCAGCUAGAGUACUCGAGUGUCAUGUAUUUGCGUGCUCAAGUGAAGAGGAAGCUGUUGCUGCUGCUGCAACACUAUAUCGGGCAUUAUUGGCUGACUUGGACUCGAAUCGCAGACGUCCCAGACAGACAAAUGGUCUCGGAUGCGUCAGCUUGGCUUCUGUUGCUUCAAGUAUCGCUGAUUACACUUCGAUCGCCAGCAAAAAUACUUACAAUAAUUUACCGCCCAAAACUUUGGCUCCUCACCCUGUCAGACCGCCCAGAUCCAAGAAAAGUUCUCUGUCCGGGUCUGUAACUGACGGCGGGUCUUCUAGAUCAAUUAACACUAGCAAAGUAAUUAGACGUAAAAAAACUUCGGAAAUCAGAUCUGAGGACGUCGCUGAAGCGAGGAAACGGCAAAGCCAGAUGGUAAAAGACUCUAGAUGUGUUUUGAAAGAGUUGAGAGACGACACUGGGCACUUGUCUUGUCAAGAAAAUAAUAGAGAAGUGAAACGUAUGAAUUCUAUCAAUAGAAAUAGCAAUGAAGGUAUUAAUAAUAUGAGGAAUAAAAUUUACUCUGGUAAAAUAAAUGGUAUCGAAAAAAUUCAAGAUGAAAAUCAAUUACACUCGAGGAUAAUAAAUAAUUAUGACAAAGUGACGAGAAAAGACAACAAAAGAGGUUUUGAAGUUGAUAAGAAUUACUGUUUUAUCGAGAGAAAUGGUAAUAAUAUUGUUGGCGAGGUUGUUAAUAUGCCAGAGGCUCAGUUGUAUGAAAGAAAUCAGUGCUCGUAUGAUUUAAAUAUAAAUAGCAGCAGAAGUGAAGUUUAUUCUGAACGAUUUGAUGCUCAUCGUGGUAAGCAAGAAGCUUGCCAAGCUAUUAAAUCCAAUGAAGACAGCUCAAAGAGCUGUGACAACUCUAUUUACGGAAGAAGCACACGAAAUGCUAGAAAUAGAAGUAAAUCAUAUGAAGACCACUUCAAAGACGUGGAUAAAAUUUACACUCUCAGUCAAGAGGAUGUUACAGUCACUGAGCUGAAGAGAAACAGUGUUGCGAGUUCAGUUGCAUCUUCACUCCGUCAUAAUGAUGAUAAAAGUAAUCGCGGUCUUAAGAAAAACAAACUCGAUGCUGCGAGACGCAACUCCAGGCACCAGGAGGGCGUUCAUGAGAUAGAGAGACUCCAAAGAGCAUCUAGGAUUGAUGGUUUCUCAAAGAAACAAGUGUGCAAUUCUUCAGAUGCUUUUACUUCAGACUCAAGUUACCCGAAAUGCAGAAAAAGAGACCGGGCUGGAAGCGAACCUCCGAUCAGCAGAACAGAGAAUGCGGCUAAAAUAAGUCAAGGCAUUAAAUUGAAACGUUCUGUCAGUGACAUUGAGGUUGAACGAGGUGAUUUGUUGACCAGAGUCGAGUUACCAAGACGUGGAAGCUUUUUGAAAUCCAGCAGCACUAGGGUACCAGCAAAUGUCCAUGGUGGCACUCCGUUGGGAUUCACAGAACUCUUUGAUGAAUUUAGAAAUCAGGAAGGACUGACUAGCGUUGAUGAUAUUCUAGAUGUUAUCAUUGAUCCUGAAGGAAUGUCUUUCAAUGAAUUGAAACCUCUUUACAAAGAAUUUUUAUUGAAACUGGCAUCGACUUUAACCCAGGACGAGUUAUAUCAAAGGUCAGCGAAUAUUAUGAAACGCAGACGACGCCCGCAGAGGAGAAGAUCAACACGGAAAUCCAGCCUCCUUGGUCGCGCUAUCAGAAGAUCUGUUUCGAAAUUAAAAACCGGGCCAACCGAGUUCACGUCUGUUAUAUUUCCAGCCCGGAAAUUCAGUGAAAGUUUCGACAGCAGUUCGUCUUGCGAUGUACGAAAUAGUCGGAACAGAGUUCUAGCCAGCAGGUUGAGCCGAAGAAAAUCAUCCUGGAGAAAAUCAUCUAAAGCUAUCAACUCGGAGGACAGUGACACGUGCAAGCGUGUGGCCCGGAGUGCGGGUGCGAAUCGGAGCAGCAGCGGGUACGUGAGUUGCAGCGAAUGCAGCUACGACUCUGAAUCGUGUACGUGUGUGUCUGCUGACAAGUGUUACUGCUCACUGCCAAGAAGAUCACCUGGACAACAAGUGACAGCUGUCAAUAAUCUCGUGGUAUGCAGCUGCGAUACUGACAGCUGUUCUGAAAGUAAUAAAUGCUACUGUGCAAAACGACCAGUCACUCAGCCUACUAUCCUAGAACAGCUUAGACAGCGCGGUAUCAUCCCAUCGGAAAGUACUAUCAGCAGAGAUGGAAGUCUGGAGAGAGCGAGAAUUAUAAAAAACAGUCGAAGUCAUUCAUCUUCGCAAAGUCUAGAGUAUCAUAAAAUGCGUCCAUCUCCAGUGAGAAGCAGCUCAGACAAUUUAGCACUGGACUAUGAUUUAUUCAGCCCAGGUAAAAAAUCACAGCAGUCCAAGUCUAACAAUGAGAAAGUCCUGGUAGUGAGUGCCCGGGACCCACACGGACGUUUGAUUUACGUCGGCGGUGCUAAUAGGAACAAAAAAUCAUUCUCCAACGGUGGGAAUCGACCUGGAGCUAAUCAGGAGGCGAUGUCUAUUAAAAAAACCGCUGAAAUCGCGGCGGUCUUUGGACCCGAGUCUAUAAGAAGUUGCAAAAGAACCAGCAGCACCUCCAGCAUGCGGAGCUCUGUAAGCUUAGAAGCUGGUCUAGGUUAUUUACCUUGAAGACUCUAGAUAAUUUUUUUUUUUAUAUCUAUUGUUUAGUUAUAAAUUUAACUGUUGCGAAUACUGUCUACUUGUAUCAGGGAUCUUUGCAAUAUUUAAGACUGUUAUAAAUUUUUUUUAUCUAGUUCUGUUGCCAUUGCACACUAAACAGAACCACAAAUAGAUAAAAAAAAAAAAAAAAAAAAAAUGAUAUUCAUGGAAAUCUAUUAGCAUAUUUAUCUCUGCUUUAAGUGACCUGAUUACUUUAAUCAAACUUACAAUACGGGUCUGUGCAAUUAUUUUACGUUUGUUAUUUUAAGAAGUUUACUGUAAAACUUUAUUAUAUAUCACAUUACUGUAAUUUCAUUCAAUUUUAUUACAUUAUCGUCUUAUUAAAUUAAUAAAAAUAAUUACUUUC